AAGCAGACAAUGGUCACGUUGAGGCAGCCGGGAAGAUGCUGCACUCACGCUGGGAGCAGAGAGAGGCGCUGUUUCUGCGCCGGCGUAACCUGGCUCCUCUCUGAUCGGAUUUCCAUUGGCAGGGAAAGGCGACUCCCUGGCAGGCCGGCGCAACGCGGGGGACCGGAGGGCAGAGCCAAGUAACCGCAGCAGGGUUGGGGAGGGAGGAAUGGGGGCUGCAGGCAAAUCGCGCGGAAUUCUGACUCCCGGAGUAGCUGCGGAUCCCUUCCAAUGUGUCACGGUUCGCAAGCCCUCCCUUUGCGGAAAAGAGCUGAUCGCCAGGCUCCCCUAGGAAGCUCGGCGUGUGCUGGACAGACAGAAUAUCUAGAAGGACAGAUAUUUUGGUUAAACGAAAGAGCCAGGCCCAAUAGAAGAACACAAUGCUGCACGCCAUCUGAACGUUUGAGUCAUGCGCCAGAAUGUAUGGCUUCAUAAAUACCUGCCUGAAAUCUUUGGUGGUUGAAAAAUAUGGUGAAGAAAUAUGGGAAAAACUAAGAGCCCAAUGUGGAGUACAGGAUACAUUUUUGACUUUUGAAGUUUACAGAGAUGAUAUCACAAUGCAACUAAUUGACAAAGCAUGCAAAAUGCUGGAUGUUCCUCCAGACAUGGUUCUGAUGCAAUUUGGAGAAUAUUUCUUUGAAUUCUGUAAGCGGUCAGGUUAUGACCAUAUGCUGAGGACUCUGGGAGGAAAUCUCUAUGAAUUUAUAGAGAACCUGGAUGCUCUGCACGGCUACCUGAGUCUUUCUUACCAGGAAAUGAAUGCUCCUUCAUUUAGGGUAGAAAAGAAUGAAGAUGGGUCAAUGCUUUUGCAUUAUUAUUCUGACAGAAGAGGCCUCUGCCAUAUUGUUCCAGGAAUCAUUGGUGCAGCAGCCUUGGAUUUUUUCAACAUUGAAAUUUCCAUGGAAAUAGUAAAUCAGAUGGAAGAAGAAGAAAGAACAGGGAAAAAAGAACACAUUGUAUUCCUUGUAAUGCAAAAACCUGUCUUUUCAUACAAAAAGAGAAAUAAGUUUGUUUCUUCUUUACAAUACCUUUCAAAUUCUGGAACACAGAUGGAAAAACAGCUGAAUAAAGAGGAUUUUGAAAGAGCCAUGAAUAAGAUGAGAGAUAAAAAAAGUCUUGUUCCUACUUGUCCUGUCAAGAAAAGCCACUGGGAAACCAUUAGAGGAAUUGUGACAAUUGGAAAAGGACGACUUUUGAGAGGAUUUGAUCCUGUUUAUCCCAAGACCCUCUGGACUGAUCCGAAGACGUUUUGCAAUGGGCUUCCUUUCCAUAUUGUUUUUGAUGAAGAGCUCAGAGUGAAGCAAGCUGGAGUCAGCAUUCAGAAGAUUGUGCCUGGCCUUCAAACGCUGGGCAUCCGCCUUGAUCAAUACUUCAGCAUCGUCCGCCCUGAAGUGAAAUUCACCAUCUCCAGUGUUCAGCAAUUUAUCAACAGUCAGUUUGUUUUCCGGACCAAGAGGGAGAUGAUGCCAGAGUCCUGGAAGCAACGUCCUAUGUUGGAGCUGAGAGGGCAGAUGAUCUGGAUGGAGUCUCUUCAGUGUAUGCUCUACCUGUGUUCCCCUCUCCUCCGCACACUGCAUGAACUAGAAGAAAGGCACAUGCAUAUUUCAGACAUUGCUCCCCAUGAUGUCACCAGGGACUUGAUCCUCCUAAACCAGCAGCGGCUGGCAGAGAUGGAGCUCUCCAAUCAGCUGGAGAGAAAGAAGGAGGAACUCCGGAUACUGUCAAAGCAUCUGGAAGAAGAGAAGAAAAAGACAGAAACCCUACUCUAUGCCAUGCUUCCAAAGCACGUGGCCAACCAGCUCAAAGAAGGGAAGCGAGUUGAGGCAGGAGAGUUUAAAGAGUGCACCAUAUUAUUCAGCGAUGUGGUCACUUUUACCAACAUCUGUGCCCAGUGUGAACCGAUUCAGAUAGUUCUCAUGUUAAAUGCAAUGUACCUGCGCUUCGACAGGCUAACCACAGUACACGACGUCUACAAGGUGGAGACCAUAGGGGAUGCCUACAUGGUAGUCGGAGGAGUUCCUGUGCCUGUAUCAACGCAUGCUGAACGGGUUGCCAACUUUGCCCUGGGAAUGAUCAUAGCAGCAAGAGACAUAAAGAAUCCAGUUUCUGGAAAUCCUAUACAAAUAAGAGUUGGGAUUCACACAGGGCCUGUCCUUGCUGGGGUUGUUGGAGAAAAAAUGCCUCGUUAUUGCUUAUUUGGAGACACAGUGAAUAUAGCAUCCCGGAUGGAGAGUCAUGGAGUACCAAGCAAAAUCCACUUGAGUGCCAGUGUCCAUCAAUGCCUAAAAGACAAGGAUUUUGAGAUGAUGGAAAGAGGAGAAAUUGAUGUGAAGGGCAAAGGGAAAAUGCACACUUACUUCUUGAUCCGAAACAGAUUUGCAACUGAGAAUGAAAUCAUGGGAAGGCCAGUAAAGGAGGCUGUUGCCACCCACGAAGCUGCCCAAUUGUCUCAGGAGUGCUGGGUGGAAGCAUACCAAACCUCAAGUUCACAAGAUAUCCAGCCCAAUUCAGAUGAGGAAACUCUUCCUAUUAUAGCAAUGAAGUAUGCAGAUAGUCCCAUAGAAGCACACUCCAACAUCAAAGGAAGAACUCAAACAAAGGAUUUAGCAGGCAGCCUGCACGAUUCGGAACCCUAUGGAGGUCUCCAUGGCGACCAGCCAUGCAGCAGAGGCUCUUAUCUUUCGCAAGCCAGGAAGAAGCCGGCAGCAGAGGCACCGCGGCUCAGGACCGUUAGAUCCAAUUUCUGCACUUUACUUUAAGCUCCUGAAUGUUUCAGUGGCAGAGUGAACAUAUGUUCUGUGAUGUUCUUUUGCUGUUUCUCUUGGAGUCCUGACUUUGCACACAGAACUACAGCCAUUCUUUUCUGGUCACGCACAUGUUCUGGCACUGACAUUUCUUCAAUUAGCUGGUGGCAAUAAGGAAACAAACUCCGACCUUUUUUUCCAGCCACAGUAUUGAAUUGUCCUCCUGUGUGUGUGAACAUGACACAUCUAGUUGUGUGAGACAGAAGCUGUUGUACUCCAGAUGCCAUAAUAUUUAGAAGUGUUCAUUAUCUAUAACAGACAUGUGUGUUUCAAGAAAGCCCCAGUGGAUUCAAGCAGUACUAAUGAGCUUGGUUAAGGAUUCUUCUAUCGACACACCACCACAACAGUGCUGCAGCUGUAGUCUCCAGUCUGUGACAUCACAUGAUGGAUACUUGCAUUGCACUGUUGAAGGUAGUAUCCUAGUGGACCCUCUAGAGCUUUCAGGCCACUGGCUUUGAAACUGGAGGUUCUGUUUUGGCUAUAGUUUGCCCUGUCCCCCUUGAAUGUGAUGGCCUAAAAGCCAUCCCUUUUCUCUCUGAGUGAGGGAACAUACAAGCUCCUCUCAGGGAGACAGCUUGUGGGAGUCUUCUGUGACCAGGAAGAAAAAGGUGAAACAGCCAGGGCUGCUGAGAGUGGGUUUGGGCUCCGGUGGAAAAAGAAUUGGGGGCCACUGCCACAAGGGCCUCCCACUGCCAUGAGGCAGCCUCCAUCGCUGCUGUGAGCCCCCACCCCCGACUGCCACCUCCACAAGGCCAAACCGCUGAUCUUUAAAAUAAUUCUAGCCACCAUGUGCAUGGCUGGCUGUGGGGGGUGAGCCAAGCGCGCACGCACACACACACACACACACACACACACACACACACACACACACACACCCGUGGCAGCAGGCAGAGCAGGAGUGGAUGCUGAACCUGACUGUCCAGGCUAGCUGCCCUUGAGAACUGGGAGGCACGCCAGUGCGCCUGUGCAGUUUGAAUCGAGUGUCAAAGCUCCAUUCAAACUGUGGAGCACCUUGCAGUUCUCAAGGGCUGCUGGGCCGGAUGGUCAGGCUCAGCGGCUGCUCCCGCUUUACCCUCCACCAUGGGGGUGGGUGGGUGCUCGGAUCACCCACCCCCAGCCAUGCACAUGGCAGCUAAAAUUAUUUUAAAGAUCGGCGGUUCAGCCUCAUGGCAGCAGCGGGGCAGUGGCAGGAGGCAAGACAAAAACAUAUGUAACAUAGUUGGGCCCCGGGCCCCUUUCCGGACCUCUGGGCCCCAGUAAUUUGUACCAACUUCCCCCUCCCCUACUCCUUGUCGGCCCUGGAAACAGCUCCAUCCCUCACUGGUCAGCAUAGGGCACUGAGAGAGUAGAACAAGGGAAGGCAAGAACCCUCCCAAAUAAGGAACUGCCCCCCUCUGCUGCCCCCUUCAGUGCUGACUCCUCUUUGCUCUCACCUCCAUUUAUAUUUAGGAUGGGAACAUUGAAUGUAAAAUGCACAGUUGUUUUUCUUUCAGAGAUCCAACAUGUGGAACAAAGUUUGAUCUCUCAAAAAUGAACUUGGUCCCUUCUUACCUUCCUGCUGCUCCACCUGAAGCAGCCUUCACCCACUUAACAUGAUAAAAGAAAGCUGGGGUGAGAUGUGGGACAACAUAUCUAACAUAGUUCUGUCUUGAAAGUGAAUGGAAUGUAUUGACUUCAUCAACAUUGGAAACUGCAAGUUUUCCCCAAUGCCAGUAAUAAUUACUGAAGGUCAGCAGUCAUGGUUGGAAUAUGUAGUUGUCGCAGAGAGACUUCCAGCCAAGAACCUGCACAUGCACAUCCAGGUAUGGUUUUCUUAUCUGUAGGAGUGAAUGCACUCUUGUGGUGUAUGGUGUAGUUUCUACUUGGACAAUAAAUGUUUUAUCCGAGA